AUGUCUUACACCAAGGUUAACCACGGCGCCAGCUACCCGGCCAUCUCUACAUCCAAUCCCGCCAACUCCGCUGCGGGUAAAGUCGUACUCAUCACCGGAGCUGGGUCAGGCAUCGGACAGGCGGCAGCCACCUCUUUUGCCACCGCCGAUGCCAAGGCUCUGAUUCUCAUCGGCCGCCGCACGAAACCCCUGACGAAGACAGCAGCAAUCAUCUCUCAAAAGGGCCCAGGCGUGCAAGUUCGCCUUUACGAAGCCGACAUCAGCGAUGCCAAUGCCUUAAAGCCUGUCAUGGCUGAGACUGUGUCUACCUUUGGACAAAUUGACAUCGUCAUUCACGCCGCUGGCGUGCUCCCAGCUCUUGGCCCAAUCUCGACAAUGCCUGUCGAAGAAUUUUGGAAAGUGCUGGAAGUCAACAUCAAGGGCACUUUGAACGUCGCGCAGUCUCUAUUGGCAACUGAUACCUCGGAAAAGAGGGCCGGUUCGAAACCUGUUCUGGUCACUCUCAACACCGCGGGCAUGCUCAUGCCUCCUAUCCCUGGAAUGGGUGGUUACGUCGUCAGCAAGGCGGUUCUGCCGAAGCUGACGGAGUAUCUGGCUGCCGAAAAUCCCGACAAAUUAAGAACUGUGACUGCGGGGUUGAAGUUCCCUUACGAUGAUGGCAUCUUCCUGAAUGGCAAGUUUGUGUUCGCGAACUGGGAUGUGGAGGAGCUCAAGGCUCGUAAGACCGAGAUUAAAAAUGGAACGGAGCUGAGCUUGGUGCUCAGUGGACUUUCAGGGGACAGAUGA